ACAGGGUUUUUCCACCCAUCGUUCAGUUUUCCUUAAGACGAAUAUUUUUUUUAAUGAAAAACAAAUAGGAUGGAAGGUGACCAGAUGCUGAAAUAAAAGGAGUGGUUUAGUGCUAGGCAAAUCAACUUCAUAAUACUGCUGUCUGGAUGCUUCUACCAGUCAAUCCUGGAGGAAACUAAGGGCAGAUUUAAGCUGGUGUGGGAAUUCUGUUGGGGCGAAGCUUUGGGGCAUAUCGGUCUCAUCCCUUUUCACAGCACGUCAACUCACUUUAUUUGCCACCCGCAGAAAGAAUACUUCAAACAGUACGAAAUGGGGCUGCAGAAUUUGUGCAAUUCCUAUCAGACUCGUGCUGACGCCCGGGCCAAAGCAUGUGAGGAAAACCUCCGCAACUCGGAGCGAAAACUCAAGGAGACGGAGGAGAAACUACAGAAGCUGCGGACCAAUAUUGUGGCACUUCUGCAGAAAGUGCAGGAGGACAUCGAUAUUAAUACCGAUGAUGAGCUGGACGCGUAUAUUGAGGACCUGAUUACCAAGGGAGACUGAGUCGUCCAGAGCCAGCACUGGCAAGCAGCACGGAAGAGUUGGUCCCUGUGAUCUGAGGCGUGGCUUCCUGCCGCACAGGGGACCCGAGCAGCGCAUGAAAGGGGAGGGCCAUUAGACUGUGUAUUAUAUUGAUGUGUUGGUGUACAAUCUGUUCUUGUGAUUUUACAUGCAAAAGACAUUUGUGCAGUUGGCAGGCAAGUUUUUAACAUUGUAGUUCUUCAACUCUCUUUCCUUUGUUUAUAAAUAUUUAUUUUUUAAAAGAAA